AUGAGGGGAAAUAGUGUUUCACCUGGCUUGUCUCCAGCCCUAGCAUCAUCCCCAUCGCAGAAAACACUCGACCCUGGCGUGCUACAACGAGAGACGGUCUGCAUCCCUGUCGAAAGCUUGACUGCUGACCUGAGUAAACAAUGGCUGGACGAUGAUGGCGUAAGAUGGGGUAUCAUCAUCCAGGCAGCGUGGGCAAUUAUGCUGCGACUAUACUCAGCGGAUGAUUAUGUCCUUUUUGGUUCGGUUAGCAUGGAGAGAAAUGAUGUCAAUCUUGGUGGCUUGAAGCUGUCGGCAUUCAAGAUCCAUAGCUACGACCGCCAUUUCCUGGGAUCUACCAUUGUCCAGCAUCUGCUCAGCCCAACUCCUCUAGCGGGUUGCUUAUGUGGCUGUUCAAUGUCUGCGCGCGACAAUAUCCAAAUGCAUGAGAACGGUGAUUGGCAUUUCAACAGCUGUAUUUUCUUUGACCUAGACUCUCAGUUUGAAUCAACACGGCUGCCGAUUGACAAUGAGUUUCCGGUUAUUGUUUACCUGUGGGGCAAUCACCCAACCCAGGCUCCCUUCGUGACGAUCUGCUAUUCACCCACUGCCCUCUCCGAUAAACAAGCAGCUAGCCUUGCAGGAACGCUUAAUCAGACAAUAAAGGAAAUCCUUAUACACCAAAGUAAGCGGGUGAAGGAUCUGGAUAUCUGCAGCGAUGCUGAUUUACACUGUGUCCUCCGGUGGAAUCAAAACUUAGAGCAUCCAAUUCGGCCAAAAUUGGUACAUGAAAUGAUUCAGCAGCAAUCUCACCAACAACCAGCCGCUCCCGCUAUAUCUGCCUGGGAUGGUGACGUGACCUAUGCUGAGCUGGACAGUAUCGCAACUAGAUUAGCAAUUCAGCUUAAGCGGCUUGGGGUUGGCCCCGAGGUAUUUGUGGCACUCUGCUUCGACAAGUCUAAAUGGGCUGUAAUAGCAUUGAUGGGUGUUAUAAAAGUUGGUGGUGCCUAUAUCUUCUUAGACCCAUCGCACCCACCUAAGCUGAAUCAACAUGUCUGCCAGUCUGCUGCUGUGCAAGUCUUGGUGUGCUCGCCAGUCCACGCAUCUUUCGCUGAGGAUUUGGCGGACCGUGUUAUUGCAUUAGACACUGAUUUUUUACCGUUGCUCGACCCCGAGCCCACCAACAGGGGCAAACAAGAAUCAGACUUGCCAUCUCCCCAUAAUGCACUCUAUGCUAUCUUUACCUCCGGAAGCACGGGCGAACCUAAAGCGAUAGUAACUGAACAUUCUGCCUUCUAUUCAAUUGCGUCAGCAAAUGCCAAUGCGAUGGGGCUGGGUUCAAACUCUCGUGUCUUGCAAUUCGCAUCCUAUACCUUCGACGUCAGCAAUAGAGAUGUGCUACUUACUUUGAUGUUCGGAGGUUGUAUCUGCAUUCCCUCUGAAUCGGAUCGUAUCAAUGACCUCGCCGGGUUCAUAACCCGCCACAAUGUCACUUGCGCCAGUCUGACUCCCUCUGUGUCGGAUGUAAUCCGCCCGUCCUCGGUCCCUUCCCUAAAAACGUUGAUACUGGGAGGGGAGCCAAUGACGGCGGCACACAUACAUCGUUGGGCCGGGAAAGUCCGCCUUAUAAACGCAUAUGGAGUCAGUGAGAGCACGGGAGUUGCGGCCCUAGCCUCAGACAUAGGCCUGGGCCAUUCACCGAAGAAUAUCGGCCGAGGCUGCGGCUCUAGACUAUGGAUUGUUAACCCUGACAAUCCCCAUCAAUUAUCGCCUAUUGGUGCUGUCGGGGAGCUGGUCAUCCAGGGACCUGCGAUAGCCCGCCAUUAUCUUCACGAUAAAGAGCGAACAGAGCGACACUUCCUACGCAGGUUAGAUUGGCAAAGGCGACUCCGCACAAGUAGCGAUCUGAAUUACCGUUUUUAUCGGACGGGGGAUUUAGCACGAUACAACCAGGACGCGUCCAUUGAGUAUGUAGGACGAAGUGAUAGCCAAGUCAAAAUUAAUGGACAACGAUUGAAUCUGGACUAUAUUGAAUAUCACAUUCGAGAAUGCCCAGUGCUAAAAAGCCUAGCCAUCUUCAAUGUUAACGUCAUUGCCACAUCUAUUGCGGACAGUAGUCGUAUCCGACUCGUCGCCUUUCUCGACAUAGGAGAGGGUUUGGGCCAAAAAGAUGGGCAUCACUCCCCAACAUGGAUCGCACCAGACAGUGUAUCUGGGCCGUGGAUAAAUGCACUACAGAAAAACCUUUCCUCCACGCUGCCAAGUUACAUGAUUCCGGCUCAUUUCAUGUUUGCGUAUUAUUUACCGCUGACUAGGUCGGGCAAGGUUGACCUGCCGGAGCUACGCAGGAUUGCAGCUGAGCUUGAACUGCAGGACAGAUUAUUAAAUGAAGGGUACAAUAAAAUAUCUAGUGGAAACCCUCCUAGCAGUGGUAGCGGAGAUGAAACGGGUUUACCUCUAUCUCCGUACAAAUAUACCCUGCAAACCUCUUGGGCCGAAAUCCUCGACAAACGAACCUCCCAGUUCCGGCAACACGACAACUUCUUUACUCAUGGUGGAGACUCUGUUGAAGCAAUGAAACUCGUCGCUACUCUACGGACGAAGGGCCUAAAAUUAUCUGUCGCUGACGUCUUCAAGCAUCCCACGUUAUCGGGUAUGGCUUGGUGCCUCCGCAGACUACCUGCAGACCUAUCGUCUGCUCCUGCAUCUAUCUACCCAUUUGCGCUUAUUAGUGAGCGUCCCGACCUAAUUGAUGAGGUGAAGCAGCAGCUGGGGAUUAGUAUGGACGAGAUCGAAGACGCGUACCCCUGCACACAAUUACAGGAAGGACUAGUCGCCUUGACCGCUAAAGCGCCAGGAGCGAUGAUUGCUCGUUACUGCUGGCGGUUGCCGGAUGUACUGGACCUAGAUAGAUUUCGCGCCGCAUGGGAGAUUGUAUGGACAAUGAAUCCUAUUCUGCGGACACGUAUAGUGAUUGUCCCUCAUGGUGCAUUCCAGGUGGUCAUACGAGCAAAGAUGCCGUGGGAGACGACUACAAAAAAGGACUUACAUGCACCGAAAAUCAAACUUGACAGUGGCCCUCUAAUACAUUUUGGCCUGUGCUUGGACAGCCAGGAACUGAUUCUUCAUCUUCACCACGCAAUCUUUGAUGGCUGGUCUAUUGGUCAGACGUUAGAGCAAGUGGAAUACGUAUAUCACGGUGGAAAGAUAGAUCUGCGGCCUUUCAAUUUAUUUGUUAAGUAUGCGCUUGAUCAACACAGUACAGUGUCUGAUGAGUUCUGGAGAGCUGAGUGCGAUGCUCUCGAAGCUGAGAACUUCCCCUGCCCUCCUUCAGCUAUCCCUAGGGAUGACCGAAAUAUGGUCCUGGAGCACGUGCUUGAGAUUGAGUUCAAUACGAGCAUGGACUGCACUAUUUCGUCAAUUCUUCGCCUGGCCUGGGCCAUUGUGCUGUGGCGUCAAACAGGCUCAGAAGAUGUGCUCUUUGGCACUACACUGAUGGGGCGCAAUGCAUCAAUGGAGGGCAUCGAGAAAGUCAGCGGCCCCACCCUCGCUACAGUACCGGUGCGUAUCAAAGUACCGACAGGGAAGUCGAUAAGAGAAGGGCUGCACGAAGUCCAGGAGCAAUUUCUGCGCAUGGUAGACUAUGAGCAAAUAGGACUGCAGCGUAUUCGCCAGGCUGGGCCAUGGCCGGCAGCAGCCUGUGAAUUUCAGAACCUGCUGAUUGUCCACCCACACCGACGACAGGUACCAAAUUCUAACCUUUUUGUGCAAGCGCAAGAAGUACAUGACAAUCUGAAAGCAUUUACUACAUAUCCUUUCAUGAUUGUCUGCACACCAGAUGACAGGUCCAUCUGUCUGCAAGCAUCAUUCAAUACCGAAUGUGUCCCACAGGCAAAGGCAGAGCAAAUCCUCGCCCAGGUGGCACAUGUUUGCAGGCAGUUGAUGGUGAGCCAACUGAAAAUUGCUGAUAUCAGCCUGGUUACUCCUCAAGAUAUGACCCAGCUGAGGCAGUGGAACAGCCAUGUUCCCAAUGGCACUCAUGCAUGUAUCCAUGAGCUCAUUCAAAAACGCUGCCGCACGCUGCCUGGUGCACUAGCAGCUCAGUCAAUCGACUAUGAAUUGACCUAUGGCCAACUAGAUCAAUACUCGACCUAUUUUGCUAAUCGCCUCGUGGCAUUGAGGGUUCAACGAGGGGACCUUGUGCCAGUUCUCUUUGAAAAGAGCAUAUGGACGACUGUUGCCAUAUUAGCAGUCCUCAAAGCAGGUGCAGCCAUUGUAACCAUGGACCCCUCUUAUCCUUUCCAGAGGCUUAGAGAGAUCUGUACGGAUGUAUGUGCCAAGGUCGUGAUUACAUCUACGGCUUGCGCCGCUAUCAGUAGCAAGCUUCAUAACCAUGCUCUUGUCGCCAGUUGUCCUGAUGCGAACUGGGAUCCGACUGAGGAAAUGGAAGUCGGACUAGAACUGCCGUCAACCACCCCUGAUGACCCAGCAUAUUUGAUUUUUACCUCAGGUUCCACAGGGAAACCUAAGGGAGUAAUUAUCCAACAUAGUGCAAUCAGCAGCAGUGCACUUGCCCACAUCGACCAACUACAGAUGAGCCCAAAAUCUCGAGUCUUUCAGUUUUCUUCCUAUGCUUUUGAUGUAGGAGUUGGUGAUAUUCUGUUUUCGCUCGUGGCUGGAGCUUGCAUAUGCGUGCCCAACGACGUUGAUCGCAGAGACAACCCGACAAAAGCCAUGGCGGAUCUGCGGGUAAAUGUGGCUAUUCUCACUCCUUCAGUCAUAGCAUUGAUUGAUCCGGUAGAAGUUCCCACCUUAGAGAUAUUGGCCUCUGUUGGUGAGCCCCUCACCACUGGUGUAGCUCAAAAAUGGCCCAACGAGGUGAGCUUGGUCAACGCCUACGGUCCGGCAGAAUGCUCUGUUUCCGCUACAUUUCAACUAGAUGUUCGCAGGGAUUCUAACCCCGGAAAUAUUGGGUUCGGCACGGGAGCCGUUUGCUGGAUUGUUGAUCCAAAUGAUCAUGAUAGACUACUUCCCAUCGGAGCCGUCGGCGAAUUGAUUCUAGAAGGCCCAAUCGUGGGGACUGGAUAUCUGAACGACCCUGAAAAGACGGCCGCUGCAUUCAUCAAAAGCCCAAAUUGGUUGAAAGAUUUUCGACACCCAGGAUAUCAUGGCAAACUGUAUAAAACCGGGGAUCUCGGCUCAUACAGCCCGGACGGGUCCUUGGAGUUCCAUGGUCGGAAGGAUCUGCAGGUGAAGAUAAAUGCCCAGAGGCUUGAGCUAGGAGAAGUUGAGCAUCGAAUCGGAGCAUCUUUGUUGAGCAGUAGAGAAGUGGUUGUCGAAGUUAUUCGCUCCAAGGACUCACUGUUCGGCGACUCAAGUGCUAGAAAGCUUCUGGUCGCUUUUGUUUGUCCUCACGAGACUGUAGAUUGGGGCCAGAGUACUUCAAGCGAUUCCAGUGGGUUGGAAGUGAUAGAAAACCUACAGGACCGCUAUUACCUCGAUAUCGCCGGCUUGGUAUCGCAGCUUCGUGAGCGGUUGCCAUCCUAUAUGAUUCCAUCAUUCUUUAUUCCCGUUUCUAGGAUGCCUUUGACCAUGUCGGGAAAGUUGAAACGUCGCUCUCUUCGGGAAGAGGUCUCUCGAUGGCCGAUUGAGAAACUCUUAUGUUACCCGUCGAGCCCCCGAUCUAUCCUGCAGAUGGAGCCUUGUGUUACAGAAAAGCAAAAGCAAAUACACCAUCUCGUUGGCAAGAUUCUAGGACUAGAAAAGACAUCAUUUGGGAUGGAAAGCAAUUUCUUCACACUGGGCGGUGAUUCUAUUACGGCCAUGCGCAUGGGAGCCCUAGCCAGGAAGGAAGGACUAGAAUUGAUAGUGGAGGAUAUCUUUCGGUCUUCCACCUUGUCAGACAUGGCAGGACACCUAUCAACACAAGCUGAACAUAUCGACAGGUCAGGACCACUAGUAGCGCCUGACGCAGUUGAUAUGAGCGUAAAUAUAUAUCAGAAUCUCAACCAGAAGGUGUCUAGUGAUAUCCUGGGCAAUAUAGGAGAGGUUCGGCCUGCAACUCAAUUCCAGAGCAUGACGCUGCGAGCUUGGUAUGCUCGGUACCUUGCCAUCUCUCUUCCCAAAGUGGUCAAUAACGCUCGCCUUUCAAAGGCAUGCCAACAGCUUGUGGAUCGUCAUCCAAUCCUGCGCACGGCAUUCAUUGCUGACGAUGACAACCGGAUCCUUCAACUUGUGAUGCGUACAUUUGAUGUCCGUAUUACGGAUUAUUCCAGCUAUGAUUUGGCGACGCAUUGUGCGGAGGAUUCAAUAUCCAUGCCUAGUGCCCUGGAUGGGACCCCACCGUUCCAAGUGCAGAUGGUGGCUACGGAUAAAGCUCAAGUUUUCCUUAUUCUGCGUUUGGUGCACGCUCAGUUUGAUGGUCUCUCCCUACCUGUUAUCUGCGAAGAUCUUUCCGCCGCGUACAACAAUCAAGCUCUUGAACCGACCGCCUCAUUUGUCUCGCAUCUCUGCGAGUCACAAGCAGGGAGAACAGGCGUCGCUUACCCGGCAUGGCAGCGCGUAUUAGGCGGAGCGAAGAUGACUGAUCUACACCGAUUCAAAAGGCACCAUUUGACACCUAGGAUAGAUAGCCCGAUAGAGGUACAAUCCCGAAAGUCAAAUGCUCCCCAGCUCGUCACGGCAACCAAGACAAUUCCUUUUGUUAACCCACCCUCGCAGAUUACCAUGGCAACUCUAGUUAAGGCAGCGUGGGCGAUCACCCUGAUGAACUGCAUUACUUUCGCAGACCAGACAGAUGUGGUGUUUGGUCAAGUCGUCCACGGGCGCGUCCUGGGGAUCCCUCACGAAGAGCGGAUCGUUGGGCCUUGUUUGAAUAUCAUCCCCGUCCGGAUCAAAUUUAUGCCCUCCCCAACUGAUGGUGUGGAAAAGAUGGCUCUCCUGCGCCAGGUCCAAGAACAACAUCUUCAGACAAUGCCAUUUGAGAACCUGGACUUUUCUGAUAUCGUCCGAAACUGCACGCGGUGGCCAAGUAACACAACAUUUGGGAGCUUUGUCCGGUUCCAGGGCAUUGAUAUCCAGCCCGCCUGCGAUUUGGAUGGUGUUAUAUGUGAGACGAGCCUGGAGAGUCUUCCCAAUCCACCAUCCAACACUGCGAAUGUUCUUGUCGUUCCUCAUGGAUCUGAGCUCCGUGUCACCAUGACGAUAUCGGAUCAAACCUUGGAUUGGGAAGCGGCUCAGGAGCUUGUUCAACACCUCUGUAACGCCAUUGAAUGUCUAGCUGCGCUUUAA